UGGGAGCAACUGAGAGGAGUUUGAUUGAUGGAAGGCCGAUGAAUCAUGAAUUUUAACUAUUGUGCAGGCAUGACUAUACUAAAACAAAUAAGAAAGCCAUUUUAGUUGUUCUAUUGACUGUUGUUACAUUUAUAUUAUAGUUAUCUAAUUUUUGAAGAACAAGAACAUCCUUUUUAAUGAGCAUGUCUCCGCUUAAAAGAGAAUAUUUGCCUCCUCCAUUGUCACCAAGUCCUGUCUUGGAUAUAAGCGACGAUGAACUAGUAACAAUAUCAGUUAGGGAUUUAAAUCGCCAACUAAAAAUGCGUGGUUUGACUAGAGAUCAGAUAGUACGCAUGAAACAACGACGGAGAACUUUAAAAAACCGUGGCUAUGCAGCAAGCUGUCGUAUUAAGAGAAUUGAACAAAAAGAUGAACUGGAAACUGAAAAAUCACAGGAGUAUCAAGAGCUUGAUGACCUUCAACAUUCUAACAAUAUGAUACGGUCGGAAGUUGAAAAUACAGUUAGACAAUUUGAAAUGUUAAAAAGAUUUGCUGCAGCCAGCAAAGUAAUGUUGCCUUUAGAACUUCAAUCUUUAUGAGAUAACAAAAUUUGAUUCCUUUUUUAUAUUUUAUUAUACAUUAUAUGACAUUUAUGUAAUAAUUAUAGGGCCAAUCAGUAUUUUAAUGUUUUAAGUUAAACUUUAAUUUUAAUUAUAUGUAGAAAUGUAUGGCAUAUUCUCCUUAAAUUUCUAACGAGAGCAUUAUGACCUGUGUAUAAAUACUAUAAAAGAUGAUACUAAUUCAAAUUUCCUAACUACGGGUUGUUGGCAUAUUUAUUUUAUGGUGAUUAAUUAAACAAGUAAAAUAAUGGGAAUGGUUUAAUUAUUUUUAAUUAGCGAACUAUAAAUUGUAAAAAGAAGUUAUGCAUGAGUUUUCACAACUAUACAAAUUCAGUUAGAAAAAUAGCUAUAAUAAAUAGUAAAAUUUAAAGAAAGCUAUUUAACAUUUUUCACUAGAUAUUUAUAAUUUUUAGUUUUAAUAAAAUAUCAUAUUUUGUACCUGUUCUUUAUUAGACCUAUGUUUAAACUUACGAAUUAAUAAUUGUGUAUGAAUGCUAUAUUUUUAUUCAAACAUUAAAAAAAUAUUUUUAUACAUACUAUUGUUCUGAUUCUUACAAAAUGAUUUUACAAUUAUAAACGAGUUAUAGUUUAUUUAACUUUAGAUCAAAAAUACAUAGAUAGACCACAUCAUAAGCUUUUUUGGCAACCCAAUUUGAAGGAAAACCGUGUUUUGUUGUGUUUAUUUUUGUUAUAACGUGUGCUGUUUCUCGUAGGCUCCUGAAUUUUCUAUGUAAAUUUAAUCUAUGGUUUAACUCAUUUACACAAAAUGUAUCCAAAUCUAAUGGUAUACUUAAAUCGGAUUUAAUUAUUUAUAAUUUUAAGCUAUAAUAUAUGGGAAUGUGUUUAUUAUAAUAUUAAUAUUGUAGCUAUUAUUAUGCUUAUUACACAGCUGCAAUAAAAUUAUUUUUACUAAUAUUAGCUACAUGAAAAUAUUUAAUAUUCA